AUGGUAUUUUUUUAUUUUGAGAAGAUGGAUGAUUAUUUAGCUGAACAUGCACCAGAACCAACAAGUGAAGAAAGAGAUAUGGCAUUAUUACGUUUCUUUUCUGAAUAUGAUCAUCUUCGAUCAACCUAUGAAUUAUAUCUUACUUUGAAGGGUGACCGUGCAACUAAAGCCGAUCCUAAUGUUGUGGCUUCAUUACCAAGAAUGAUAAGUAAAGAUAUAAAUUCAAGUUCACAAUGUACAAUUUGUUUAAAUCAUUUUGGUGAAAGUGAUCCAAACCCAGAAGCUGAAGUUAUGGUGAUGCCUUGUCAACAUAAAUUUCAUUCUUCAUGCCUUAAAAUGUGGCUUGACAGAGCUUCUGCUUGCCCUUUAUGUAGAAAAGAUUUACCUAGUGAUGAUGAGUUUAUAGAAGAAUUGAAAAAAAAAAUUGACAGAUCAAAUAAGCGACAAGCUGAUAUUGAUGAACUUCAUGAUUCCAUGUAUAUGUAA